AUGCUCCUCCUACCACUCUCCUUUGUCUCGGCCUCCAUCACAGACACACCCAAAACACCGCAGAAGAAAGCCUGUGGUUGGGAACUCAUGCAGAACCUCAACAUAUCCAUAGCUAGUCUGGGUACCUUGUACGCGAAACAGACAGGCGACCGUUCCCUGUGCACCCGCCAGGAUGACGGCUCAGAGUACUGCACUUGCAUUUAUGAGUGUGGGAAUGGGGUUUGGAGUUUUCGUUAUCAGAGCAAGAGACAUCAAGACGACAAUGAUGAUGAUCACGAGGAUUAUGAUGAAGAGGAAGAUCAAAAUACAACUGAUGUUAAGGACUGGACUUGGCAACAGGGUUGUGGAAAGUAUUGUCAUGCUGGUGUGUGUGAUGGUCAGGUUUAA